AUGACAACACAAUCAAGGACAAGAGGAUGGGAAAAAGAAUCAAACAUAAACCCUGACUACGAAUACGAGCGAUUAUUAAAAUUAGAAAAUGAGUUUAAAAUAAAACCAUGGUUAGACAAAGGAGAAAAGGAAGGGUAUUUAUAUAACAUUGUACCCACUACUAUGAAUAUAGUUCUGAAAAAUUCUAAUAAGUCACACAAGAAAACAGGUGUGCAUAUGUAUUUCGUGUCUGAUAACAACAAAACGUGGAGGAUAACCUUAUUUUAUCGCCCGUACUUUUAUUUGAAAAUAAGAAAUAUACAUAACUAUGAUGCAGUGACGGAAUUUUUAAAAACUCGAUUAGACAAACAUAAUGUAGAGAUUGACUAUAUAAAAAAAGAAGACCUGAGUUUGUAUGACCAUUUAAACAAAAAAAGGAGCUAUCUAAGUAAUAUAUUUUUUAAGCUUUCAUUUGAUACGAUUGAAAAUUUAAUAAGUGCUAGGGAUGUGUUGACAAAAAUAAUAGAGCGAAAUAAAAAAAAUAAAGAAAAAACUAUUUCUAAUAAUGAUAAACAUAUAUUUAAUGAAGAUGAACUAUCAUAUAGUAAGCUAGAGUAUUCGUAUAAAAAUGAUUUUCCUCAUACUAGAUAUGAUGAUGAACAGAAUGAAAAUAUGGGUACUAUGAAAGUAGGUUCAUAUGAUCAAGGGAGAGAUGUAAUAGACUAUACAAAUAUAUUGAAUAAUUCUAAAAAGAAGAGAAAUGAUACGAAUAUAAUGCCUACGAAUAAUAAGUUAAACAUGAAUGACAUUAUUGUGAAUAUGAAAAAACAGGCAUUAAGUAAAGAAGAAAUAAUGAGUGAGAUAAUCGAGCUGUAUGAAUAUGAUGUAAAAUAUAUAACACGAAUUUGUAUAGAUAAAAAUAUCCGAUGUGGUACAUGGUAUAAAGUAUGUAGAGAAGAGGAUGAAUUAUAUACUGAACUGAUCCAUUUCCAAGUGAUGAAUAAAAAAGUGCUAGCACCAUUAAAUGUAUUGGCAUGGGAUAUAGAAUGUUAUAAAGAUGAAUUAAAAUUUCCAGAUAAAGAAAAAGAUGAAAUAAUAUUAAUAUCAUAUAUGUAUAAUGCUCAAGGUUAUUUAAUAGUUAAUAGAAAUGUAAUGAGUAAAAACAUUAGAGAGUUUUUAUAUAAGCCUAAUGAAGAAUUUUCUGGAGCCGGAACGUUUAAGAUUUUUAAUGAACAAAAUGAAUAUUCUUUAUUAAAAAGAUUUUUAGAACAUAUCAAAUUAUUAAAAAUACAUAUAUUUGUAACAUAUAAUGGUGAUUUUUUUGAUAUACCUUACUUGUUCAGGAGAUGUGAAAUUAAUAAUUUAAAUGUUCCUGCAGAAUUAGGUUUUAUUAUGAACAACAAACAAGAAUGUUCAUGUAAUUUUAUAUUAAACAUAGAUGCAUAUAAAUGGGUUGAAAGAGAUUCGUAUUUACCUAAUGGUUCAAGGACUUUAAAAAGUGUAUGUAAAAUUAAAUUAAAAUAUAAUCCAACAGAAGUAGACCCAGAAUGUAUGGUAGCGAUUGCUAGAGAUGAUCCCCAACAUCUAGCUGUAUACAGUGUUUCUGAUGCAGUAGCUACAUUCUAUUUAUAUGAUAAAUUUAUUCAUAAUUUUUUAUUUGCUUUAUGCUCAAUUAUUCCAAUGAAUCCAGAUAAUGUGUUAAGACAAGGUAGUGGUACCUUAUGUGAACAACUAUUAAUGGCAGAAGCAUAUAAAAAAAAUAUUCUUUUUCCAAAUAAAUCUAAACAAGUAUAUAACCAAUACUUUACAGAUACACAGAAUAAGAAAAAAUAUUUUAUUUAUGAUGAUUCUUUUGUUGGAGGUACUGUUCAAAGUUUGAAAUGUGGUAUCUAUAGAGAUGAUCUUAUAGAAUCAUUUACCCUAGAUGUAGAUACAUAUAAAUACAUUCUUAAUAAUGUAGAUCAUAUUAUUGACUUUUGGAUACAAAAGGAUCUAAAUAAAAAUUGCAAUAUAAAUGAUACUAAUACUAAUAAUAAUUAUGUUCUGAAAAGUCAAAUUGUAAAUUUACAAAAUAUAAAAAAUGAUAUUUGUAAGAAACUCAAAUUCUUUAUACAAAAUCCAAUUUUAAAUAUAUGUCCAAAUAUUUAUCACUUAGAUGUUGCUGCAAUGUAUCCAAAUAUUAUCCUUUCGCAUCGUCUACAACCAAAUGCUAUUAUUUCUCCUGAUCACUGUUUUAAUUGUUCUUUCUAUAAACAACGACACCUAUGUCAGAAACAAAUGAUUUGGAAAAGGAAGCUCGAAAUUUCUCCUAUUGACUAUGGUCAUGUGUUGUCUCUUAUGCAGGACCUAAAAACUAGACUUUUUUAUCCGCAAAAAAGUUACUUCAAGGCACAAAACAAGGAAGAAUCGGACAGCAGCACGAACGACAACCUUGCGGACGCACGCCCUAGCAAUAAGAAGUCGUGGAACGAGCUGACCGAGAAGCAGCAACAUGACGAGCUGAUGAAGGUGAUCAAGGAGUGCUCCCAAAAAUUUUUCAAGAAAACAAAAGUAGCUAAGGAAGUAGAUGCAUCUAGUUUGGUGUGCCAAAGAGAGAACCCAUUUUACGUAGACACGGUAAGGACUUUUCGUGAUAGAAGAUAUGUUUACAAAAAAGGACUGAAAGAAUGUGAGCAUGAAAAAAGGGAGUUACUAAAAAUGAAUAAGAUUGACUAUAUGAAAAUUCAAGAAUUAGAUGAUAAGAUAUUAUUAAACGAUUCUUUGCAGUUAGCACAUAAGUGUAUAUUAAAUAGUUUUUAUGGUUAUGUUAAAAGAAAAGGCAGUAGAUGGUACUCAGAUCAAAUGGGAGCUAUUGUAACGUAUACCGGAUCUCAAAUAAUUAAUGGUGCAUUUAAUUUAAUAAAUAAAAUUGGUAUACCUAUGGAAUUAGAUACAGAUGGAAUAUGGUGUAUGUUACCAAAAAAUUUCCCAGAAAUAUAUGAUGUGUUCAUAUUAGAAAAAGAUGCAUUACAUAAAUUAAAAGAAUAUGAAAAUAAAUCAGAUGAAGAAUUAAAGAAUGAUCCGAAUAUUAAAAAAGUAGAAUUUGAAUUUCCAACAAAUAUUUUAAAUUUUGAAAUGCAUAAAAAGUGGACAAAUCAUCAAUACUUGAUUUAUAAUGAACAUACAGAUGAUUAUGAGUGUAUUAGUAAAAAUGAAAUAUUUUUUGAAUUAGAUGGACCAUGGCAUGGUAUGUUUUUACCUGCAUCCGAAAAAUCAGAUGAUUUAUUAAAAAAAAGAUAUGUAGUUUUUAAUGAUAAAUAUAAAAUCAGUGAACUAAAAGGUUUUGAAAUAAAAAGAAGGGGAGAAUUACGAAUUAUUCAAAAAUUUCAAAGUGAAAUUUUUAACCAUUUUUUAAAAGGUAAAACAAAAGAAGAAUCAUAUUAUUAUGCAUCCUUAACUGCAAAUAAAUGGAAAAACUUAAUAGACACAAAAGCUGCUGAUAUUGAUAAUGAUGAUGAAUUAUUUGACUUAAUUUUAGCAAAAAAAGUAUUGAACAAAUCAGUAAAGGAACAACCAAAUGCUAAAAGUUUUGGUAUAACAACAGCAAAAAGAUUAAGUGAAUUAUUAAGUAAUGCAAGUUAUAUUGAAGACAAUAAUGUUUCUACCCAAUUUAUUGUUGCUUCAAAACCAGUAGGAUCAGAUAUAACCUAUAGGGCUAUACCGAUUCAAAUAUUUAAAACUAAUGUAGAAACGCAAAUCUUCUAUCUAAGCAAGUGGUUAGGUAUGACUUUCCCUCCAGAUCAGCCAGUUAAUGUUAGAGAUAUUAUAGACUGGAAUUAUUAUAAACAGAAAUUAGAAGUCCAAAUUUUAAAACUAGUAAUAAUUCCUGCAAUUAAGCAAAAUAUUAACAAUCCUAUUACGUCUAUAUCUGUACCGGACUGGCUCAAGAAGCAAAUCAAUAUUUCCGAGGGGAAGCAGAAAAAAAUUACCUCGUUCUUCGUAAAGAAGGAGGUAAAGAAUGGAUCGAUGAAACAAGUAAAGAAUGGAUUAGCGAAUGGAGUGACGAAGGAGGAAAUAGAGAGUGAACGCGCAAAGGUUGAAGGUGCAAACUUGGUAGAUGCAAACCUUAGUAACCAUUACAGCGAUAGUGUAACCAUUAUACAGGAUGGCAGUUGCAACGAACAAUAUAAGGAUGUAAAAUCUGAAAAUAGCAUGAAUACCCAUGAUGAAAAGCAAAAAGGGAAAGAUGAAUGGAAUAAAUCUGUGGAAAAGAAGAGUCCAUUUGCUAUAGAUGAAACUGCAGUUGCGUGCACAUCUACAAUGAUGAAUACAAAAAGACGCUUACCUGAACACUAUCUCUUAGAUAGCUUUAUUUCAAAGAGAAAAAAAUUAAUACUACUAAAUGAUAACACUCUAAAUGGUAUUUGCAGCACUAAUGCAGCAUGCUUAGCAUACAAAAAAUUAAAUUCACUAGAUAGCUACCUAGAACAUAAUAACAGUAACAAUAUUAUAAUUAUAGAUCAUGAGAAAAUAAAUGUCAGUAAUUUAAACAGUAAAGAAUUGUACAAUUUAUUUGAAACCAAUUUUAAAAAAUGGAUGCUCAUUAAUAACAAAAUAUGGAAAAAUAAUAGGACGCAAAUUAAGAAAAUUCGAAUAGAAGACAAGUCUAAAAAAAAAAGAAUAUCCUUUAGGGUAGAAGAUCAUGAAGGAGAAGAAAAGAAUAAUUCUCAAAAAUUGUCUAGUUUAGACACAAAAUAUUUACAUGUCAUACAAAAUGCCAUGGAUAUUGUAUACCUAUACAAAAAGGUUAAGAGAAAGAACAAAGCUACCACUAAUAAAAAUAGUAAAGGUGCAAGCACCGCUGCCACUGCUUCUAUGGUUACCUCUAGUUCUACCUUCAGUAGUAAUACCUUCUCAAAUAGUGCUAAAAAAAACGAACAUCAAACCAUGUUGAAGCCUUACUUAAAAUAUUUCAAACAUGAAACAGAGUCGGAUUCAUCGGGGGAUGAAAAUGAAUUUCUUAAUGAAAAUGAUGUUAUAGAUGAAAAUGAUGAUGAUGGAAUUUAUUAUGCAAUAGUAUCUUUAAAAAAUAGUAAUAAAUUCUAUAAAAUAAAAUUACAAGUAUACAGGCAUAUAUAUAUAAAUAAUUAUGAUACGUUAGAUAUAAAAAGUAAUAGUAAAAUUACUAUAAAAUUAAUAUCAUCGAAUAAUGACAAUGCAUUGUUUAAAUCCAAUGCAUAUUGUAAUUGUUUUCUUCCAAGAAAUAUAAAAAUAUUUAAUUUAUAUGAAUUUAUUAUGAGUGAAAAGUAUUUCAAUAAAUAUAUUAUUAAUACAUUAAAUGCAAAUUAUCAUGAAAGUAUUGUAUCUGUAUAUGAGACGAGAAUACCUUUAUAUUUUGAUUUCUUAAGUAGAUAUGGAAAUUCUGUUGAGGUGGACACAAAUAAUUAUAAUGCAAUAUUUGAUGAAAAUAAAUGCUUCAAAUCUCAUUGCUUCACAAAAGUAGAAAAAGAUAAAGGAAAAAAUAAUAUAUCACAGGAUUACUUAGAUGAUAUACAUAUUAUACAUAUUCAUAUAUUUCAUACUGUCAUUGAUAAUGUUUGUAGUCGUAUUUUCAUCAAUGUCUAUGAUCAGCAUGAACAAAAUAAUGAUGAUCAUUUGUUCGGAAACAAAAUCAUGUUUAGUGGAAUUGGCAAUGAAGACGACUUCGAUCCUUAUAAUGUAUUUCUCAAAUUCUUGAACCUCGAAAAAUGGUACUCAGACAUCAAAAAUUCUGUUAUGACGAACAAUAGGAAAGAAAAAACUGCUUGUUCGUUCGACUCUGAUGUGUACGAAUAUUCGAAGGGGCAAACGACUUGGGACAGGACACAAAAGAAUGCAAAUGAUGUAAAUGCCUCAAACACCGCAAACAUUACAAACACCGCAAACAUUACAAACACCGCAAACACCACAAACACCGCAAACAAACACCGCAAACACCACAAACACCGCAAACACCACAAACACCGCAAACACAAUACCGCUUAUAGCGGGGGUCUAGGCCAAAAAGGAGGGAGUUUCGCCUUUCUGGGAAAACAAGAAAAAGAACAAAUGAAAAGCGCAAUACUGGAUAUGUUAUUCGACAGAGAAUUUUUCAUAAAAAACACACAAAAAGAUCUACUAUUUUUGUACCAUUACAGAAAGUUUGACAUAUAUUACGAAGAUAAUUCGAAUAUUUAUAAGGUACUUGAAUAUUUGGACUUAUACAUGAAUAAAUAUCGUAGCAAUAUACUAACAGGUAAAAAAAAAUAUAUUUUCCACGUAUCAUCGACAAUUGAUAGGAAGAAAUUAGGUUGGUGGAGUACUAACAAAUAUUUCCCUUGUUACUUUCACAAAUUUGAAAAGACGAGUAAGUAUCAAAAUAUUCCUAGAAUGAAUUACAAGGAAGAGGCUUUUAACUUAUCUCUACAGUUGUUUUUUGAAAAUUAUUAUAGGGUAGAAGAAGACUUAAAUUUUUCAAGAAUAUCAAACAUACCAUUAUUUAAUUUAUUGAAUAUAAAUAAAAGAAAUGAUAAACAUAAAUUUAUAUAUGACACAUUGUAUGCAUCCUUUUUAAAAAAAUACAAAGGAAUUUUAUGGUUAUCCUAUUUUGGCAAUUACGACUUAGGUAUUCCUUGUUUAAACAUCAACAAUUUUUGCGAUUAUGAUUUGCUAAAAAAAAAUGUGGAUAUGAUAAACCAAGGUAUAUAUAGAGGAUACAUUGUUCAUCUAUUUUUUAAUGAGUCCCUUAUUUUUAACAGCGUUAGGCAUUUCGCAAAGUACGCAAAUAUGUUUAGUGAAAGUCAGUACGAAGCACUUGCAAAUAGCAACAGAACAAAUUAUCAUAGGAGGGAAAACAGGCACCACGAAAAUGGUACCAAUAAAAGCAGGAAUAACGGAAGGAGUAAUGAAAUGAAUAACCACAUUGGUAUCCGUGCUAGUGACGGAGGGUUCAGGAAAAGACAUAAACAUAAACAUCCCUCUAACAAUGAUGAUGAGAAAAAUAGAGGAAAUUUCGACGAAGAAGAUAUUUCAACGACGGAUGAUAACAAGGUGGGAGUGUCUUGUAGCAGCGAAAACGAAGCAAUAGAUGAUUAUUCAUCAGAUGUAAAUGAUAGGAAAAAUUUAAUUAAAAACAAGUAUGAUAUAAAUUUCAUUGUAGAACAGAAUUCUCAUGUUUCUCAGUUCAGCAAUUUUGCAUUUAAAUUAUUAGGUCAAUGUUUAGAAUAUUUGAUUUCAAAAAUAUCAUCGUUAUCUAUGUUAAUUACUAAUAGAACAUUUGAAAGUAUUUCCGAUAUUUUUACGUCUUUCUAUUCUUGGAUUUCUAAUAAUUCCAGUUUACUUUAUGACAUUGCGUUAUAUAAUAAGGUUUUAGAAUGCUCCGAGUUGUAUCAAAAUAAUUUAAUUAAUAUUAUGAAAAAAAAGUUUAAUGCUAAUAUAAUUUUUGCUGAUUUGAGAAAUUUUAUAAUAUGCUUUAACGAAUUCUCUGUCAUUUCUGGUAGAAAUAUUUUAAAAAAUUUAAUAAAAUAUUUCUCACAUGCCGAUUCUAUAUAUGCUAAUGUUCCUUUUUAUAUUAAGAAUGAAUAUAUUGCUGCUUGUCAGUUCGAUAAAUAUAAUUUUAUAAGGUAUAAAGAAUAUUAUAACCCUAAUGAGGAGAACACUGAUGAGAAUUUAAAAAUAAUUGAGUACCUACCACCUAUUUGUGAAUCUUUUCUAAGAUAUGUCUUAGAUAUCAUCACCUUAAAUCCUUUACAGGACAUAAUUACCUUUUAUGAAAGAAAAGAAAAUAGUACAAAGCAAUACGAAAAGGGGAAUAUUUUGACGCAAAAUGGGGGAAAACACGAUAUUAAUUGCAGUAGUACUCAUAAUAGCGGCGAUAAUAAUAACAGCGGCGGUAAUAAUAACAGCGGCGGUAAUAAUAACAGCGGCGGUAAUAAUAACAGCGGCGGUAAUAAUAACAGCAGCGGUAAUAAUAACAGCAGCGGUAAUAAUAAUGAGAACCCUGGAAAAACCGCCCCACGAGAGGAAAAGAAUUAUUUUAACUUAAUACUAAAAUCGGACAAACUGACUGAUAAAAUAAACCUAACACAAAGAGCAAAAUUAAAAUACAUAUAUGACAAAUCUUUUGAUGAUUUAGAAGAGGUGUGUGAAUCUUUUGCCUUAAUUAACGAAAACGUAGAUGUUUUAUCAUAUAAAAUUGAAGAAAAACUAAAAGAUUUGUGGUUUAUGCCAGGAAAUAUAUAUAAAAAAAUAAAAAAAUCAAUUAAAUAUAAAAAAUAUUUAAUAGAAAAUUAUUGGCCAUAUGAUGAUGAAGAGGAUGAUGAAAUGGAUGAAAAUAAUAUGAACCUGGCACCAUUUUUAUUCCCUCAAACGUUAGGAAAUCUAGCCAAAAAAGAAAAUAACUGGAGAUUGGAAAUUGUCAAGUUCUGCAUCUUUCUAAUGCAAAAUGAUAAAUUAUUGAAUCUGCAAAAUGAAAACUCAAAUGAAGCUUUUCAUGAAAAAAGACAUGAAUUAUAUGAAAUUAUUGGAGAUAGUGAAUAUAAUAGAAAUAAUUCCGUAUGGAAAAGCCCAUGCCAUGAAUUAAUUUUAAAAGAUAUAUUCUGUGAAAACUGCUCUUCUGUAUAUCACAUGAACGUUGUCACAAGUCUAGUAGAAGCAGAAAUAAAUGGUAAACCCUCCUUCAUUUGGUUAUGUAAAAACUGUAAUUCAAAGUAUGACAACGAAUUUAUAGAGCUAAAAAUUCUAUCCUUAUUACAGGACACCUUUGAUGCGUACAAUGCGCAAGAUUUAGUGUGCAACAGCUGUAAUGCCAUAAAAUCAUUUCACAGAAGAUCAAUAUGUAAAUGCGGUCAGGCUUUUACGCCCCGUUUGGACAUAAGUGACUGGAAACAGACUUUGGAAAUUAUGGAAAAUUUGGCUGCUAUGUUAAGCAUGCCUUUAUUAUUAGACGUUUUAAAAUCUAUGAAAACUUAUCUUAUAUAA